AUGCAAAUGGAAUCAUGGCGGCAACGAGGUUAUGUCCCCGACUCGGACUCGGACUCAGAAGAUGGAUUCGAUUCGAUAGAGGCCAAGAAGGCGAAUCUCGACAAUGACUCUGAUGGUCCCGAUCUCGACUAUAUCUCCACCCCCAUCUCUGCGUCGACGCCGAAUCUGAAGGAAGGGACGAACGGGUCAACACAAGAGCAUUGUGAACGGGAUGGUGCCGAGCACGGCUCCAUUACACCGUCAGAUGUCGAAGAUCACGCUUGCCGAGAAUCGCCUGAGAAAAGAAUUCGAAUACAGCAGGCUACGACAUCUAAAGCCAACGACGAGCGGAGAACUAUACACACAGAGCUCAAGGGAGGGGCCGAAGGCGAUGCAAACUCCCAUGAUGAGAUUACGCCAGCCCGUCGACGAGGACGCAAAAAAUACGGGACUUGGUCGUCAGCUACAAAAACGAGGAAUCGUCGCAGCAGCGAGUUGCGCAUGACCCCAGCAAAGAAUACAGAAAACAUAUAUGACUUGCCGGAGUCCUCGCAAGAACAAGAGAAGGCUUCGUCGAAACCUGCAAGUCAAAAGUCUACCCCGAAAGCUUCGAAAUAUAGAUGGCAGUCACCACCCCGAGUUAUAACAGAGCCUCGGACCUCCAGGGCUAAUAUUCGCGUUGAGAUUCCUCGAUUUAUGAGCUCCUCGCCGGAUGAGCUGAGCUUGAUUCCUCUGCCUACCCGGAAGAAGACCCCUGUGGUAAAUCGUGUUCAGCCGAAAGAGGUACUACCACCGCCAGCACCGCCGCAUUUAAACUCGGAUGACGACUCCCCCUUAUCUUCUGCACCGUCGUCGCUUGGCUCUGACCCAGCCCACAAUCCCAUGGAAACAGAGAUUGUGACUAAUGGUGAUCAGAAUGGGGACGGGCAGCCACAGACAGCAACGACCUCUGACCUGCAAGACUCACUAGACGACCUGCUGCCUCAUUUGGAUAUCCCGGAAGAUGUCUUGCGGGAAAUGCCCCAGGCAGAACAAAGAACAUUCCGAAAGCGCAAUGCCAUCCAGUUGCAGCCGUAUUACUUGGAACAGCUCAAGUACGCCCAGCAAAUGAAAGCGCGAGGCGUCAAACCAAUUCGUCAGGCUGUUCCCCAGCAGGCACAACAAACUACAGAUGAGAGCCAGGGGCAAGAUUCAUUUGACCCGAACGUGCCUCCAUCAAGCCCUCCCCAGGAGGAGUAUCUUCCCCCUGUCAGACCGGAAAAGCCGCGAAACUCUGUUAGACAACACCAGGAACACCAUGACCCUGAAACACCUCGGAAUAGGGAAGCGCAUAUGGUGAAACGGCGGAAGAUCUCACACUCUAGCACACCUCGUGCACGCCGGGAUCUUAUGCAUAAGCCGUCUAAACCUCACGGAAUCAGAGACACGGCCCCCAAGAACCAGCGUGGCACUACCGCUUAUGAGCUUUCUUCCAGUCCCCCACACACAGGCCGUCUAUCUUCCGCAUCGAAAACACCACGGGCAUCAGAGGGAUUCCGCUUUCCUCGUGGAUGGACCCCACCACCCCGGGUCACAAGCCCUGGGGCCCAGGAAGAAGAGAAAUCGGACGAGGAUGAGCCAGCUGGGCCGGGGUCUAACAGCGACGAGGACAUACAAUCUGUUUCCUCCAAUAGUCAGCGAUGUGUCAGCGAGAAGGACCAGGCGGAGGCAGAAGAACGUGCGAUUCGACGAGAGCAACGGCGGAUGCGUGGAGUCCUUCCUGCUUCAUGGUUUAGGCUCGAUCAGAAAGCCAAAGAAGACAGAGCAAAGCCCUCGCAACAUGAUCGUCAUAUUGGGCACCGCCCAGAUGGAAAAGGUGUUGCGCGAAAGUUGAUAAGGAGAGGUGAUCGCUCGAAACCAGCAGCCACACAGCAGUCAACCAGCCUCUUUGAUCUUGGAGACUCUGAUGAUGAUGAGGACGAACGUACCAACAACAGUACGACGCUUAUUACUGAUGGGUCCAGUCAGCGGUUAACUGGUACAACUCGCUCCGAAGACCCUUUCGCACUGGAAGCAGGUGAUAUAUCGGAAGAUAACCGUAUCGACUACAUGUUCGCACCAGCACUACGCAACUCCCCUGGAAAUCGACAAAAGCGAAAGAGCUUGAAGAGGCCGAAGUCGAAAGAAGGCGCGGCUAAUGAUGAAAGGCAGAGAAAGAGGCCGAAACAAACUCGAAUGACCGAUGCUUCGAAUGGAGGACGAAGAACAAAGAAAUCGUCUACUGUUGCACGACCACGCUUAGGCAUACUGGAUGCACCAGAUGUAGCUACACAAUCUCGCAAAGAGCAGCCACAUUUCCUCAGGGUUGCAGCAAGAAAUGCUCGCUCCCGCCAAGAUGGAGGCCGACAAAGCCCCACUCAGAAAUUCUUGAAGCUAGCUUCCAGAGCUGAUACGGUGGAUGCGAAUGAGUCCUUACGAGAUUGGAAGAGGGGGGCAAUCCGGCAGACUAGAAUCAGUCCACCGCAGCCUAGGGCUCGCAAGCGUCCGCAAGCACCAAAGAAGGCGCCAAUCCCUGGUCCUCGUGGUAUGUCAAAAGCUGGCCAUGCCCGAAAUACUCGAAUAACCAGCCAUUUUCCCACAGAGGAUGAGGCUGGUCCACCAAGCUAUUUUGCUGAACAGACACAAGCAUCACCGGAAACUGGGGCAAUCUCAGUCACAUCAAACCAAACUCCCAAACCAAAAUCUUCUUCUCGUCGCCAGCCAGCGCAGCCAGAGAAACGGGGACACACCUGGGUUAUCCCUAGGAAUACUGUAGUUACUUCCUUGAAAAGAAACACCCCUCGGCCUGCUGUAACGAGUUCGGCAGGCCCUAGUGGGAGCAAGAAAUUGACAGCGACCGCUUUCAACCAGUCACUAUCCCAGAUAAAUCGACGUUAUCGCAACCAACACACGUGUCAAGGGAACAGGCCUAGCCUGACUUUGGAUCGCUACCUUACCGACAGUGGAUCGACAAGUGGCGGCGUCAAUUCAUUACCCAGACCUCCGCCUGCACCUUUAGUUGAGCCAAAAAAUCAGGCGCCAGUCCAGAAAGCGCCUCCAAAUCGACGACGACUGAAGAAGCAUACUCCAAAUCGUAUAAAUCUUGACAAUGAGGAGUUCCGCCAGACGCAAGACACUGCGGUGUUUGUAUCCGACGAUCAAGAACCUCCCACCGUAACCCAGGUCGGAAAUGCGCAGCCUUCAUCUUUGAGUGUUGGUGGACUGUUCAAUUGGCACCGUUUCUACCCAGUCGACUUCGGUACACCAUCCUUACGUGAUAACACUUUCUUCCAUGAAUCGACUUUCAUAGGAAGCGGGGAGUUUUCCAACUCAUUGCAGGUCGCAAAGCGUGACUUGGAUGGAGGUGCUAGUUCGUUUUCUAUUCAAGCCAGGGACCAAACGUACCACUGGACCAGCUGGAAUGAUACCGUAUCCUCUGAAAUGGGCAGUGUCUUUGAUGUGGUAAUCGACAACGUUGAGCGAAGUGCUACCACGUCGCCAGAAGUGGGUAUCACAGCUGCCCUGGGGGUGGCAUCGCGCUUAUACAGGCUGUUGAUCAAAUACACCACGGAGAACCUAGUAUUCAUUGAUCCUGUUGACCGGACCGGAUUUAUCACCAGAGCUACGGGGCUGGUCUCUGUUGUCAGAGACCCCCUUGUUGCCUUUCUUUCUAGUGAUGAAUACAACAAGAACGGCCUAGUCAAGAUUGCUUGCUUUAACGUGGUGUUCUCGAACCUGAUUUAUCAAAUUGCUUCUCACCAACUUGUCGGUCCUACACUUGCCGUUGAAGCAAUGGACCUUGUCAAAACCUCUGCUACAGAUGUUGCGGGAUUGAUUAUAUCUGAUGUUGGCUCAUCCGAGUUCAAGCGAUUCCUCGAGGAAAACAACAAAACUGAGCGUCGCGAGUCAGGCCUUCGCGACGAAUACCCAUCGGUGGAGGCUUACGUUGUGAUCAAACACUUGCUCCGCAGCUCCGAGCAAUACAAGGGCUGUUUCGAAGAUCUUCAAUUGGAGACAUUCAACAGUAAAGUCAUCAACGACGAGAAGGAUGUUAACAGGUUAGAGGCUGGAUGGCGUGGUUUGUUCACAGUCCUGCCAUUCAACGAGAUAGAUCAGCUCGGAAUAGGGCGAAACGGAUACCAAUUCACCUCUGCCCAUGAUAACUGGAAACUGGUCAAACGACUUCUCUCUCCUGCGCUGGAUCACUCCGAGGCGAGCUCCAUGACUCAGCCUUUCUCAUACAAUGGCUACUGUCGAACCCUUUUCCACCGAUGCCAUCGUCUCAUCAAUACAUGGGGAUGGCGAGAAUGCAAGCCCAUUCUGGACACACUUUUCGACUUCUUCGCGAAAAACACUCUGUAUAACCUGAAGCUCGAGGAAGCCCGUGGAUCGCCCUCAUUUCUUGAUGAACUAGAUGCUAAUCCAUCUCUGGACGCCCGAGUUGGAGAGCCUUGCUUCCAUACAUUCCUCAAGAUCAUAGCGAGCGGUCUACGUUUCCUUACGAAGAGAUAUGACAAGAAAAAGAUUCGAAACUUUGCCUGGCGUCUGCUACCCAACCAUGGCCGCGUGUAUCCGAAGGAGCAACCGUUGCGACAUGAAGACCUUGACGCACUAAGAAACCACCAUGAUCUUCUGAGCACCCUGUACUGGGCUGUUCCUGAUGGGUGUCGUCCACGACUGGAAACAAUCCGCAACCUGGUCCACCCUGCAACCUCACAUCGAGAAGCGUGCAGUAUCAGUUUACGCUCUUGGUCCCGACUCGUUCGAUUCAAACUUUCUACAGACGAGGAAGUCUCUGGUCUCGAUCCUUUCGGUGACUGGUAUGGCUAUUUUGUCACAGAGCUUCAACAACAACAUUCCUACGCCCGCAAAGAGAUUGAGGCUCAAAGCACCGACGACAACCGAGUCUCUCAGCAGCUCAUUGAGCGCACAAUCUCCCAGAAUCAACGGCAGAUCGAGACCCUCUUGAGUACAGCGCUUGCUGGGCUGCGCGCUGCCGUUGAGCUCGCCCCUCAACUGGAACAUGCGCAUAGGCUGGUUCUGAAGACGCCGUUUGACCUGAUCCUCGGACUCUUUAAUCCGAAGCUUCCACGGGUGAACGUCGUUGUAUCUGAGGCUUUGCAGGUGCUGGUGGUGUACACCCAGAAAGAUGUUCCCGCUGCAUCGGUAGCAGAGACUCCCACGGUAGUGGCUACUGAUGAGGACAGUCAAGAGUUUGGGGACUGGACUGCUUUCGAGGAUGUCUGGGGAGAACAGACCGAACAGCAGACUUUUCCGAGCGAAGCAGUAAUUCACGUUGAGAGGGCUUUCCAUCCAGUUGUGUCCCAACUUGUUUCUAACUGCUUUGGCGAAGACCACUGUCCGGAAGAUGCCAUUCUUCUCAGCGUGGUGGAUUGUUGGACCUCUAUCGCGCAGGUCCUCGUUCGCCAUAGACUUCGGAACUGGGACAACUAUCUGAGUGAAUUCGGCAAUGACUCUUGGACACGGCUUCGACAAACGGUUCAAACGAGAAAGUUCGCUCCACAGUUCCUGGCAGCUUGUAUCGAGAAGGACUCGCGCAUUGUCUCUGAUUGCCGUGUUCAAGUUAUGGGCAUGUGGAUGACAUCGUUAGUUGAGCGCUCUUCAAUGCUGAAGUUUCAACAUCGACUUACAGAGGCUCUGUUGAACGAAAACCCGAAAGAUCCUUUGCUUGGGAAUCUUCCAUUUUCCAAGGAUAAAAAGGACCGACAUACGAUCACGCUGGAGGAGAUCAGUUCACGGAGACUCUCUCUGCUCUCAAGUCUAUCAUCCAAUAUGCGCGAGCAGCUUCAGAACAUGGAGCUCGAUGGUAGCCGGGACUUCUCAGCGACAAAACAAGAGUAUUCUGAGAUACUCCAGCGGGUGAUGACUUCCAUGAAAGAUAACUAUCAAGAGCUAGCAAACGGGACAGCACACACCGCUCAAGGAGCAUAUGUCAGCUUUGUGCAUAGCGUCAUCGGCUUCCUUCAACAACACACCAGCGAUAUCAAGCCUAUAGAUCCCUUCUUCACAGACCCUGCCUCGUUCCCCUUACCAUCCAAUGACCCACGCUACAUCGUUGCCAAGCUUAAACGUUAUGAACCGAAGCUGUCUUCAAGCUCAGAAAUCCAAACUCUGACUGGGUUCUUCCAAAGCAUUUCCGAACGCGCCGUCAUUGAUGGCCAACAAGACUACCUGGUUGAUCAAAUCCACACAUCGAUGAAGAACACCUACGAAGCCGGAAAAUCAGACAAGCCCACCCUCCGCGCAACCUUCCUACAGUGUAUCUUCCCAGCAUAUCUCGAAGAAGCCCUUGGCAACCGCGCUGCCUGGCUACUCAGCCGUCCCAUCAUCCAGACUAUCACACUUGUGUUUAACGACUUGAUCUGCAAUCUGGACACCCUGGACCCAGCCUGUGUAUCAUCGGUCGUUGAAAUGAUCAGCGUUGUAUUCCAAUCAUCCACCCAAGCACUCUCCAGUCUUGAAAACCGUCGUCAUCGCCUCGCAAGCCCGGCAACCCUAGCAAUGCUCGCCGUGUUCAUGGAAAUGAUCUCGUCUGCUCUCCCAGUAGUAGACUACGUCAACCGGACCACAGGCUCCGGGGAGGAAAUCUUCCCGUUCAUCGAGUGGUUCCGCAACUUCACCAAGGCUGUCACAGAUUAUCUGCACGGUACCGACUCAAGUGCAGGCUCAUCACCGAGCGAUGCCUUCAUCGCGUUCCCAGACGCACCAGGCACUAUAGCUGGCGGGAGAUCGGACCUCUUCCGCACGGCUCACUCCCUCGCAUCGACGGACCUCCAGAUCUAUCUGAGGAAAUGGUCUUGGCAUCGGGGAAAGUAUUAUUUUACUCGUCCUGGACACGAGUCGCAGGAAAUCGGAAUUGAAACUGGGGAUUUUGCCUUGAUGGACAACCAAACUGAAGCACUAACGGCCUUCGAGGACGCGGCCAGCACAUUUAUGCAUCGGGCUGAGGUCUUGGAAUUGCUAUUCUAA